AUGGCCAGUACCCGAAUCUACGCAGAUGACUGGUCUUUCUUUGACGAUCCUGACAAUCGAUCAUCCAGGCUUGAAUUCUCUAUUCCAAGUCAAUGGUCGCAAUUGGAUGUUAUCAAGCCUGCAAAGAAACAACUGAAAAAGAAAAAAUUACCAAACCCAGACCAAAAACCAAAGAAAAAGCACAAUCACGUACUCAAAGAGAUCAGAACAUACCAAAACUCAGUUGAUCUCCUCAUUCCAAGGCUUUCAUUUCAGAGAUUAGUCCGCGAAAUCGCACAUCAAAACAAUCCAACGAUCAAGUUCCAGGAAACUGCAAUACAAGCUUUGCAAGAAGCUUCUGAGGCAUUCCUUGUUGGAAUGAUGGAAGAUGGAAACCUUUGUACCAUUCAUGCCCAAAGAGUUACGAUAAUGAAGAAAGAUAUGAAACUUGCAGAAAGAAUUCGAGGCGAUUCAAUUACUGAGUAA